AUGCGUUCCACUCAAAUUCUGGCACUCUUUGCGGCCGCCUCUGGCAUUGCAAACGCCCACCCUGGCCAUGACCUGACUGAAGAAAUUGCCGAGCGCCAGCUGUUUCUCCGAUCCGUUCGAAGGGCCACCCUUGCUCACUGCGCUGAGAAGCUCAAGGCUCGGGGUGUAGAGGCUGCCAACAUCGCUCGCCGCUCGGCUGCCGUCGAGAAGAAGCGCACCGCCCGAGGCAUCAAGCGCAGAGAUGCUGAUAGUGCUCUGUCGACCUCCCACAACAGUACCGACACUGGCUACACGGAGAACACGUCCGUGUCGGAGCUCUUCUCCAGCAACGGCUCUUGUCUCUUGACCCCCGAAGUGACUCAGGGCCCCUACUAUGUUGGCGGCGAGUCUCUCCGAAAGGAUGUCACAGACUCAGAACCCGGCAUCGACAUCACACUCGACUACCAGGUCAUCGACGUCGAUACCUGCGAGCCCGUGCCCGACGUCUACGUCGAGAUUUGGCACUGCAACUCCACCGGCGUCUACUCUGGCGUCGUCGCCAACGGCAACGGCGACUCCUCUGACGAGUCCAACAUUGACAACACGGCCCUGCGCGGCAUCCAAGCCACCGACUCGGACGGCGUCGCCCAGUUCCAGUCCAUCUUCCCCGGCCACUACACCGGCCGCGCCACCCACAUCCACGUCAUGGUACACACCAAUGCCACGCUGUACUCGAACCAGACGCUCGGCAACCAAGUCUACGCGAGCCACGUCGGCCAGACCUUUUUCGACCAGGACCUCAUCGCCGCCGCCGACAAGGUCUCCCCGUACAGCGAAAACGAGCAGGAGCUGACGGAGAACUCGUCGGACAGCAUCUUGUCCGAGGAGGCGGGCACCGACGGCGUCGAUCCGUUUAUGAACUACGUCUACCUUGGUGAUGACCUGAGCGAGGGCUUAUUUGCAUGGCUGGCGUUUGGCAUCAACACGACGUAUUCGAGCGAAGUGACGCCGGCAUCGUUCAUUUAUGAGUCGGGUGGUGUUAAGAACAGCAACGGUGGCAUGGGCGGCGGUCCUGGAGGCGGCGGUCCUCCCGGCUCUGGUGGUGGCCCUCCUGGUGGUGGCCCGCCCGGCGGCAAUGGUACAAGAUCAGGUGGUAGCGGCACCGCUUCUCCCUCUGGAACUAACGCUGGCCCGUCUGGAACGGACUCUGCUCCAUCUGGAACGGCGACCGGUACGACAGGAACCCCCACCUUGAGCAGUGUUGGCUCAUUUGUUACCGUAUCUGCCACUGGGCUAUUGGGACUCGUCUUCCUUGUUCUUGCUAUGUAA